AUGGAGGCAUUGAAAUGCAAAUCUUGGGUUUGUCGAUUUUGCAAAUCUAAGGAAGGCUUUGGUCCCAUAUCCUACUAUGGAGAUUUCACUCAGUGUUUCUUAGACGGGAUUCUACUGAAUGCUACUGGGUUGUUUAUGCUCAUCUUUGGUACAAGGGAGCUAAUCAAAUUGUGUCGUAAAGAAAGUCCAGGGGUUAAGUACAGAAAAGAUUGGGUCAUCGUUUCAAGAAUCUUUCUAGUACUCUUACAAAUUGGGUUUGUCUCUUUGGCAUGUUUAAAACUACCAGAAAAUAAGGAUAAAGAUCUCACAGUUACUAGUCAGUAUGUGAUCACUCUUUUGUCCUUAUUUGAAGUGACAAUUUUACAUUGGAUCGAAUACAAUCGUUCAAGAGUUUCCAAUGCUAUCGUGCUUUUUUACUGGCUAAUAGGUACCAUAUUCAACUCUACAAAGACUCUCAAUUUUUUGAUUAGGCACUUUUACGAAGGUAAAUGGCCAAUGGGCCAUUCAGUGUUUAUCCUUACACUUUUCCAAAGUAUUAAUUCCUUUUUCAUCCUACUGUUAGAGGCAAUUCCAAAGAAGAAAUUGAUGCCAUACCAACAAGUACAACAGCAUCUUUCGAGAAGAAAGCCUAAUCCUUAUGACAGUGCAAACAUUUUUUCCAAGAUUUCUUUCAGUUGGAUGACUGAAUUAAUGAGAACUGGAUAUGAAAAAUUUCUAGAUGAGAGAGAUUUGUACAAAUUACCUGAGAAAUUUGGAAGUGGUGAUUUAGCCAAUAGGUUUGAUCGUCACUGGCAACAUCAAGUCAGACGUAAUCCUCAUCCUUCUUUCACUUGGGCUCUACUUUCCACUUUUGGACCCCAGAUGUUGGUUGCAGGUCUUUUCAAAAUUAUGUUCGAUACUUUGGCAUUCGUGCAACCUCAAUUACUAAGAAUUCUCAUCAAAUUUGUUACUGAUUACAGUGAAGAACAUAAGCACAAGCUUUACGAAGUUUUGGGUAAAGUGCACAUCGACAAGCAUAAAGUUCCAAAUGUUCCUCUAGUUAGGGGAUUCAUGAUUUCACUUGGUAUGUUUGCUGUGAGUUUCACACAAACCUCGAUCUUACACCAGUAUUUCUUACAUUCGAUCAACACUGGUAUGAAUCUCAAGAGUGCAUUGACUUCCGUGAUUUACAAAAAAUCCUUGGUUCUCUCUAGUGAAGCUGCCGACAUGUCAUCCACAGGAGACAUCGUGAAUUUGAUGAGUGUUGAUGUCCAGAGAUUACAAGAUUUGGCUCAAUGGUGUCAUUUGAUCUGGUCGGGACCUUUCCAAAUUAUACUUUGUUUAACUUCACUUUACAAACUGUUGGGUAAAUCCAUGUGGGUUGGUGUUAUCAUCUUGAUAGUCAUGAUGCCAUUGAACUCAUCAUUGAUGAGAGUACAAAAGAAUCUACAAAAGGGACAGAUGAAGAAUAAAGAUCAAAGAACUCGUUUAAUUAAUGAAAUUUUAAACAAUAUGAAAUCUUUGAAAUUAUACGCAUGGGAAAAACCUUACAAGGAGAAAUUGGAAUAUGUUAGAAAUGAAAAGGAAUUGAAAAAUUUAACCAAAAUUGGUGUCUACAAUGCAAUUAUCAAUUUUCAAUUCAACAUCGUGCCCUUUUUCGUCUCUUGCUCAACUUUUGCGGUUUUUGUCUAUACAGAAGAUCGUCCAUUGACAACAGAUUUAGUGUUCCCUGCAUUAACUCUUUUUGGUCUUUUGUCCUUCCCAUUGGCCGUGGUGCCAUUAGUUUUGAACUCUUAUAUCGAAGCCUCCGUUUCAAUUGGAAGAUUAUAUUCUUUCCUAACUAAUGAAGAAUUACAAAGAGACUCUGUCCAACGUCUACCUAGGGUUAAGAAUAUCGGUGAUGUUGCUAUGAAGCUUGGUGAUAACGCUACUUUCUUAUGGAAAAGAAAACCAGAAUACAAAGUUGCUUUGAAAAACGUAAACUUCCAGGCCAAAAAAGGUGAAUUGAAUUGCGUUGUUGGUAGAGUUGGAAGUGGUAAAAGUGCGUUGAUUCAAAGUUUAUUAGGUGAUUUGUUCAGAGUUAAAGGUUUCGCUACCGUCCAUGGUAACAUAGCUUAUGUGAGCCAGGUUGCAUGGAUUAUGAAUGGUACAGUCAAGGAUAACAUUUUAUUUGGCCAUAAAUACGAUCCUGAGUUUUACGAAAAGACAAUUAAGGCAUGUGCAUUAACCAUCGAUUUGGCCAUUUUGCCAGAUGGUGACAAAACCAUUGUUGGUGAGAAGGGUAUUUCAUUGUCUGGUGGUCAAAAGGCACGUUUAUCAUUAGCUAGAGCCGUUUAUUCCAGGGCUGACAUCUUCCUCUUGGAUGAUCCACUAGCAGCCGUGGACGAACAUGUUAGUACACACUUGAUUGAUCACGUUUUGGGACCCAAUGGUCUGUUGAAGACUAAAACUAAAAUUUUGGCAACAAACAAGAUUUCAGCUCUCUCCAUUGCUGACUCGGUGACUCUACUUGAAAACGGUGAAAUUAUUCAACAAGGUACCUUCUGUGAGAUUACAAAAGCUGCAGAUUCUCCUCUGUCUAAAUUGAUAAAAGAAUAUGGUAAGAAGAAACACAAAUCAGAAGUUGCUUCUUGCGGCUCCUCCCCAUCAUCCAGUGAGGAGAACGAACGUGAGAAUUCUGUGCCCGUCAAAGAUGAAUUAGAAGAAUUACAGAAACUGGGAAAUUUACAACUUAAUGAGGACACAUCCCAGAGCUUAAGAAGGGCUAGUGAUGCCACUUUGCGCAGUAUCGAUUUCGAUGAUGAAGAAGCCGUGAACAAAGAGCAUCGUGAAGUUGGUAAAGUAAAAUGGGGAAUCUAUUGGGAAUACGUGAGAUCAUGUGGUAUUAGAAACGUCUUGAUAUUCAUGUCAUUUGCCAUUCUCUCAAUGUUCCUAUCUGUGAUGGGAAGCGUAUGGUUGAAACACUGGUCUGAAGUGAAUACAAAAUACGGCGCUAACCCACACGCCGGUGGUUAUUUGGCCGUAUAUUUAGCCUUUGGUAUUUUCUCAGCUCUUUCAACAUUGAUUCAGACUGUGGUGCUUUGGGUCUAUUGUACCAUUCAUGGUUCAAAAUAUCUACACGCAGGAAUGGCCAAUUCGGUGUUUAGAGCACCAAUGAGAUUCUUCGAAACCACUCCCAUCGGUCGUAUUUUGAACAGAUUUUCCAAUGAUAUAUUCAAAGUCGAUGAGCUCUUGGGCAGAACCUUUUCACAAUUUGUCAACAAUGUGAUUAAAGUGUCCUUUACUAUCAUCGUUAUCUGUUUUACCACAUGGCAAUUCACCCUCUUUGUGAUUCCAUUGGGGAUCUUGUAUGUUUAUUACCAACAGUAUUAUUUGCGUACUUCAAGAGAACUGCGUCGUUUGGAUUCUACUACUAGAUCUCCUAUCUAUGCACAUUUCCAAGAAAGUUUGGGUGGCCUCUCUACCAUCAGAGGUUACAAUCAACAGAGAAGAUUCAUCCAUAUCAAUCAAUCACGUAUGGAUAAUAAUAUGAGUGCUUACUACCCAUCAGUUAACGCUAACCGUUGGUUAGCUUAUAGAUUAGAAUUUAUCGGUACGAUUAUUAUUUUUGGUGCUUCAUCUUUGUCAAUUCUUAGAUUAAAGAGCGGUUCAUUAACACCAGGUAUGAUUGGUUUAUCUUUAAGUUAUGCGCUACAGAUUACUCAAUCUUUGAAUUGGAUCGUUAGGAUGACAGUUGAAGUGGAAACUAAUAUUGUAUCCGUGGAAAGAAUUAAAGAAUACUCUGAAAUACCGAGUGAAGCACCUUACUUGAUCGAAGAUCGUAGACCUAGCCCUAAUUGGCCUACUGAUGGUGCGAUUCAAUUCCAACACUACUCUACUCGUUACAGACCUGGGUUAGAUCUAAUUCUCAAGGACAUUAACCUAGACAUCAAACCAAAGGAAAAGAUUGGUAUUGUAGGUAGAACCGGUGCGGGUAAAUCAUCAUUGACCUUGGCAUUAUUUAGAUUGAUUGAAGCCGCCGAGGGUCGUAUUGUUAUUGAUGGAGUACCAAUUGAUCAAAUGGGUCUUUACGAUUUGAGACACAAAUUAUCUAUUAUACCACAAGAUAGUCAAGUUUUUGAAGGUUCCGUUCGUGAAAAUAUAGAUCCAACUGAGCAAUACAGCGAUGAGGAAAUUUGGAGAGUAUUGGACCUAUCGCAUUUGAAGAACCAUGUGUUAAAUAUGGGCAAUGAUGGACUGUUAACACAAUUAUCAGAAGGUGGUGGUAAUUUAAGUGUAGGACAAAGGCAAUUGAUGUGUUUGGCAAGAGCUCUACUAGUACCCACCAAGAUUCUUGUACUGGACGAGGCAACUGCUGCCGUUGAUGUGGAAACUGAUAAAGUUUUACAAGAAACCAUCAGAACUGCGUUUGCCGACCGUACUAUUUUGACAAUUGCUCAUCGCUUGAACACAAUCAUGGAUAGUGAUAGAAUUCUUGUAUUGGAUGCCGGUAGGGUUGCAGAAUUCGAUACGCCUGAAAAUUUAUUGAAGAAUCCUGGAACUAUGUUUUACGGACUGUGUCAAGACGCAGGUUUUGUCCCACGCCCAUCGAAUGCUUAA